UUAACAACUUGGAAGCGGGUGGAUCGUUUUGGAAAAGUGGAUAUAAAUGAAAACAGUGACUUACGGGCAGCCUGAGAAACAAGAAGUUCUAGGAACCAAGCCCAGGGCAAAGAAACUGGAGCAUUUUAGUGCUAAGGAAUUUAUUUAACAUUUUUUAAAAGGACUUGCCUUGUGUCUCUCUGAAAAUCUGGGAAAUGAAGGGCAAGAGGAAAAAAGAGUAAGAAUAGAACUGGGCUAAACCAUACUUCCUCUGAAGGAGCCCGGUGCAAAGUUGUUGCAAAAGCAAGGAUGAUUAUACAGAGAGUAGUGCUGAAUUCACGCCCUGGUAAGAAUGGAGUGCCAGUGGCUGAAAACUUCCGACUGGAACAAAGUACAAUACCAGAUAUGAUCCAAGCAGGACAAGUGCGUGUUAGAACCCUUUAUCUCUCUGUGGACCCUUACAUGCGCUGCCGAAUGAAUGAGGAUACUGGCUCAGAUUACCUCCUGCCGUGGCAGCUGUCUGAAGUUGCUGAUGGUGGAGGCGUUGGGGUUGUGGAGGAGAGCAAGCAUGAUAACCUUGCUAAAGGAGAUUUUGUAGUCUCCUUCAAUUGGCCCUGGCAGACAGUGGCAAUUCUAGAUGGAAGCUUGCUACAAAAGCUUGUUCCACAGCUUGUAAAUGGACGCCUUUCCUACUUUCUUGGUGCAGCUGGCAUCACAGGACUGACGGCACUGUUAGGUAUAAGGGAGAAAGGACAUGUGACUGUGGGUGCAAAUCAAACAAUGGUGGUGAGUGGAGCAGCUGGUGCUUGCGGCUCUUUGGCGGGCCAGAUUGGUCGCCUGGAGGGCUGCUCUAGAGUGGUGGGGAUUGCUGGUACAGAUGAAAAGUGCUCCAUUUUGGUCCAAGAAAUGGGGUUUGAUGCUGCUAUCAAUUACAAGAAGGGGAACGUGGCAGAGCAGCUACGUGAACUCUGCCCCACUGGUGUGGAUGUUUACUUUGACAAUGUUGGUGGAGACAUCAGUGACACGGUUAUAAGUCAGAUGAAUCAGAACAGCCAUAUCAUCCUGUGCGGACAGAUUUCUCAGUAUAACAAAGAUGUGCCUUAUCCUCCUCCGCUGCCUCCUGACAUAGAAAAAAUACAGAAGGAAAGGAAUAUCACAAGAGAAAGAUUCUUAGUGUUGAACUAUAUGGAUAAACAAGAAGCGAGCGUAUUACAACUCUGUCAGUGGAUCCAAGAGGGUAAACUGAAAGUCAGAGAAACCGUGGUAGAUGGCUUAGCAAACAUUGGUGCUGCUUUCCAGUCCAUGAUGAGUGGUGGCAAUAUUGGAAAACAGAUCAUCUCGAUUUCUAAGUAAAAAUCAGUGCUUUGAGAAAAAUAAUUGGAUUCUGUCUACCAGUCAGCAAGUUUUUACUUGUACUAAUUUCCAUUUUCUUAAAUGAACCAUUACAUUUUUCUGUGUGUACUUAAAGCAGAGAUUCUGGGAUGCUAAUAAACUAAAUAGAACUGGAAACAGGAAUGCGAUAAUUUAUGCUAGAAAUGAGUAAUAUGUUCUUUGACAUGAUUUUGACAGUUGCCAGCUAGCACACUUGCAAAUAUUUCAUGGGUGUGGUUUGGGAGUUAGGACAUCCAAGGAACCAUUUGCAAUACGUACUUUUUACCUGGAUCUGGAUUCCCUCAUCAGAUGACAACAGUCAAAAGUAAGCCUCUUCCUGCUAUCCACAAGGUUUAGGAUUCUCGCAGAAGCAUUUCUUUACUUGUGAAUCCUGGCUCAUGUUACCUCUUCAGAAUAAAUAAAAUCAAAGGAGAAAAUGCUUUAAACGAAGUGCCCACAGUUGUAAAAAAAAAUUUAUACUUUUUUUUUUUCAUAGAAGCAUAGAAUAGUUUGGGUUGGAAGGGACCUUUCAUGCUGUCCCUUCAGAACAUGGUCUGACUACAAGAACUCCAGUUUUUGUCCCUCUCUCUCUUACCAUGUAGCCACCUAGUUUUGGUCAUUAGAAUUUACUAGCAUAGGUGUGCACCAUUCCCAUGGUAGUUUGUCUCAGUGCCCAGGAACUUCUCUAGGAGUUUUUAAUUUAUUAGUGUAAGUGAGCCGUGACAGUCCAAUCGGUCUGGCUAAUCAUUUUUAGAAUGUAACUCUUCUCAUUUUUACAGAGAACUGCAAUGAAAAACUCCAUUUCUGGCAUGCAAGGUCUCUAAUAACAAAGAUAUUUCCAUUUUGCCAUCUGGAACAUACUUCUACUGAUCUGUCUUAGCUGCUUCUUUGCACUGUGUCAUUAUAUCCCCUAUUUUCAGAGCACCUGAAACCUAGUUCACUUACAAUUCCGUCUGCAUGCAAUCUGAGGCUUUCAUCGGAGAGAAGCUCAGGUGUAGGGUGAGCCUUACUUACUCUUCUCAAUCUUUGCAUUCCAGACUUAAUUGAAGUUUUCUUUAAAGCUUUCCUUUUCUAAUAUUUAUUGUAUCUUGGUUUUAUGAUCCCUCCCUUUCACUUGUUUUUCUCGUUUUUACACCUCUCCAGCUUGACAGACAGAGAAUCAUCUGGUCUGAUGACAGAGGGUAACUUUGCAGACAAGGGACCUUCUGUUCCCUCAGAAACUUGUCUUGACUCAGAAUUUUUGGUCUAAUAAUGCUCUCUUACCAUCUAAAUGGGGAAACUUUAAAAACCAAGUCACCAUGUUCAAGUUUGACUCUCAGAACCCUAAGCCAAAUGAGACCGAUGAGACUGUGUCUUCAAAAGCAAGGAACAGAAAAGAGAACAGAUAAAUAUUUUAAAGACAUUUGAAUUCUACUACUAUGUACAUUUAGAGAUAUCAACACAUUUAUUUAGAGAAUAGGAUUGUUCAUGACACAUUCCAAUUUAUAGGUGACUUGAUUUUGGUUUUAAUUUGUUUGAAGAGAAGCACUUCCAAACAGCAGGUUCAGCUGAACUGUCCAGAGGAUGGAUUAUCGAGCUCUGCAUGACUCACUACCUAGGCCAAACUGAAUGGAAUCCAAGGACGAGGAAAGAAACACUGUGCAAGAAGUUUGGUGUUGUAAAUCGUUUCACAUGCCCUGAAAGUGAGAUGACAAGUAUCAAACCUGCCUAAUAUGGUUGUAAGCAGUAUGAUAAACAGUCCUUUCAUUUCCUAACGCUGAAGCUGGGCAUUAAAGAGGGAAGCAUACAAUGACAGAUGCCCCAACCAUUGAGACAGAGAAAGACACCUGCAUUAGUCUGAAAUCUUCCUGUAUGCAUCUUUCAACUACAGAACUAGUGACUGGCUCAUUUUCAGCUACAGUGUGAAUCCAGCAUCAGCAUAACUAGCUCAAGCACCUUUAAUGACAGUGUCAUACUGGAAUCGAAGCUAGAAUUGCUAUGCAGUUAAAGCAGUAUGAUCAUAGUUGGUGAAUGAACACAGAAAGCAACAAGUGAGUGAAAUUCUAUGAAUUCAUGCAUAUUGACUGCUAAUAGAUGGUAGCUCAGUUACGGAAGUUAAGCAAUGCAGGCUUAUGAGGCUUGAUAAUUCAUAUAUAUGUUAAAAUGAGAGGCAGGAGGAAAUGCAAUGAACUUGAGCACUGCCUCUAGAUUUGGAGGCCUGUCAUGUCAAUGGGAUUUAAUAGGGAGGGAGCUGAUGGGAAUACAGCCUUUCCAAAGUGCUGCUCUUGUGAAUCUGUGCUGAUAUGUCCAUUGUCCCUUUUCUUUCUUCCCUCCCACUGCUUCCAUGUGCAUAUGCCUGGUCCCACAUUCAGACUGCAAGAGCAUCACCAUCAGCCUAUGCACCCCAUAUUCUGCAUUCAGCCUCUGCCGGGCAGCAGAUUAGCCUUAAUGCACUUUAACACAUUAAAUCCUUCUGAAUAAACUUUCUCAUCCUUACAAUUCAUUCCUAAAGCAAAUAUCUAAAUGCAAAAGAAAACAGCCCACUCCAUGUACAUGACCAGCCAUGAACACUCCACACCCCCACAGCAAAUUUGAUCUUAAACUAGGGCUCGGUUGCUACUGCUCUUCAAAAUUAUUGAUGCAAGAGUAUUUUUACAAAUGAGAGUAUCAGUAUUGUCAUUCCUUCUGAGAGGGAAUAGCAUCUGUUUUAAUUAGGAAGAGAAAGCCCUCUUUUGAAAUUGGGUGGGUUUUGUGUCUGUCUAAUUGUACAUAAAUUUACAUGGUGCUUUUUGGGCCAUGAUGGAGUUGUAAAAAGAAUAUACUGUUCUAAACAUCUUGAUAAGCAGUCAGCAGAACUUGCACUAAGUAAAAGAUCAGAACACUCAUAAUCUGAUGUAAGGAAUGUCUUGGACAUCUGGACCAAAGCAGGACAUAUUAAAUCAGGCCUUGUCUUCAAGAUUGCCCAUUUGGUAGAGGAACAUAAAACCCCCACCCCCAGAAGCAGGCCCCCUAUGCACUGCACACGCCUAGUAGAGAACUUGUAUGAUGCAAUCACCUGUAGCUUUUGUAAUAAAUUGAGCACAGACACUCCUGUCAGGUGUUCUUGGUUUGUGGAAAAGCCACUGAGCACCCAAACUUGCAAAACUGUAAUAAGAACAAUGUCUGAACUUGGUGCGUGAGGUUGUCUAUUUGCAUGCCAGGUAACGAAUCCGACUUUUGGACAACAAUGUCAGCAUGAUGUUUUCCUGUUUUCUUCCACACUUGAAGGCCAACCUCUUCCCACACACUAGUUUCAAUGUUCUAUGACAUGUAUUCCUCCAUAUUUGGCUUCCUCCUACUUGUCCAUCUUAUUUCAGUUUCAACAGCCUGUUGUGAGAAAAAUGCCUUUUAUUCUAAAUCUGGGAACUGUUCUUCUGUUUUGUUCCAGUCUGCUUGGAAGGAAAUACAUCAUAGGGUAGUAUCAAAAGCUAGCUAAUUAAAUAUCUGUACAUUUCAGGAGUCUUCAACUGUGAACUGCACUGUUUGUUUUGUAUGAAUGUAAGAAAGCAAUCGUAACAUUAACCACUACUGAAAAGGUGUUAAAAUGUUGUUUUGUUUCCCUUCCCUUCAAAGCACUCAGUCUUAUAGAUUUCAGUUUCCAGACUUGCAUUUGUUUGUCCAAAGUACAAAUUUUGUACUUUUGGACAAUAUUUGCUGAAGAGCUACUUUAGAGUGACCUCAUCUGUGACACUCUGAAUGGACACACCUACCAGGAAGGACAGUCCUCUAGGAAGUUAUUUUUAACCACUUAAACAAAAUAUGAUAAAUUAUAAAAUUCCUAGCACUGUUAUUUUUACAGCAAUUGCUUCAUAACCCACACAGGCCAUAAGCCUGUUACGAGCUGAUGAUGUGAGGGGUGAUCCAGAGUGAGGUAUUGAUUCUUUUAAAGGCAGCUUGAUUGUAACAGCAUUCCUGUAGUCAGGCAAACUGUGGAGAGCAAAAUAGGUUCUGUCAGCAUUAGUCACGUGGUUUUAGCGGAAAAAGGAAAAAAUAAAGAUGCGUUGCCUCCAAAACUGGGUUCUUUACCUGGUGUGCGUAAGUCCAAUUAACAGAGCUGAGAUAUUUGUAUUUAUUCAGUUCUGAUCAGAACAGGGUGCAAAGCAUUUAACACAGCCAGCACACCCGGUCAUUUUGAUUACAAGGUGUAUAUCCACAUUCAAACAAAGAUAUAAGGUGCAAUCACUUUUCUUAUUGCUUUAUUAUGAUUUCAUAGUAUGUGCAUGCCUACCUUCCACUUAAAUAUCCAGUUAGCAGGAGGUGCUUUAUUUACAUCUAAGAUCUUCUCCUGUAGACAUGAUUUUUAGUACUUAAGUGCCCUACUGUGUGUUAAGGAUACAAAUUUUCUUGACUUCAUUCAAGUUUUAUUGUUUUAAGCUGACAUGAGAUUAACUACCUUCUUCAUUAAAAAGUGACAGAUUAUCUUUACUAUGUGCAGAUUCUCAUGCACCUGCACAUUGUAAAAAGAUCCUCUUUUUGUAUGCCAAGUUCCUGCUAUCCUGUUACUACCUGUGUUUUGAUUUUGGUUUCUAUCUUGUUACUGUUUGUAUCUGGGUCUGGAUUCCCUCAUCAGAUGACACCAGUCAAAAGUAAACUUCAUGCUGGUACCCACAAUGUUUAGGAUUCUCAUGGCAGCAUUUCUUUACUUGUGAAUCCUGGCUCAUGCUACCUCUUAAGAAUAAAUAAAAUCAAAGGGAGAAAAUGCUUUAAACCAAGUGCCCACAUUUGUAAAAAAUAUCGGUACAUUUCUUUUCUCAUCGAAUCAUAGAAUAGCUAGGGUUGGAAGGGACCUUAAAGAUCAUCCAGUUCCAACCCCCCUGUGAUAGACAGGGACACGUCCUACCAGAUCAGGCUGCCCAAGGCCCCAUCCAACCUGGCCUUGAACACCUCCAGGGAUGGGAUGUCCAUAGCUUCCCUGGGCAACCUGGGCCAGUGCCUCACCACUCAUAGUGAAGAAUUUCUUCCUUAUGUCUAGUCUAAAUCAGCCUCUCUCCAGUUUAUAGCCAUUCCCUCUCAUCCUAUCACCACAAGUCUUUGUAAACAGUCCCUCCCCAGCUUUCUUGUAGCCCCCUCAGGUACUGGGAGGUUGCUUCUUCAUAAUGUAUUAAUUUUUUAAUUAUUGUACUGUGUGUACACAAUAAGAGCCACAACUGCUGUGUGGCUCUUCAGCAGUCAUGUGUUUUUCACUGUAGGAGAGGGUGCAUUUAACAAAGGGUGACAAAUAAUUGGUAACAAAAAUCCAAGGUGGUUUGGAUGUAGUAGGUAGUCACUGGCUGCAGAAGUACCAGCGUUUAUCCCAUGAAGCUUUAACUUACAGAGAUGGUGAGUGAUAGUUAUAAGAUGUUAGGCAAGGGCAAGCAUGAAUUCAGAGCAGGAGUUGUGUGAACACAGUGAGGUUCAAGAAGUUCAGCUAUACAAUUUUUAUAAACAUUUCUCGAUACAAAGAAAUUGUGUCUUACUGCAGUUUACAGUAGCUGUGGUUACAAAAGUGGAGAGAGUGAAGGCAGAUGCCUUUCAAAUAGCUUCAUCUCUUUAUUCUGUAUUUUGAUGCAUUGAACACGGAAGAAGCAGAUGCAGGAUUACUUAGUCCUGUUGUUUGUAACAUUGCACUCCUCUGUCUCUAUGCUGCCUUUCUCUUUACCAGGUCCUCUUCGCAGUGGGAAGUGUUUGUACAAUCCAUAAAUAGACUGCCAGGGGAUGAAAGAUGAUUACAGACAGAUGGCAUUAUCCUGCAAUAAGAAAGGGUAACAGCAACUGGAAUAAGCUUCAAACCUAGAAAAUAUUUCCUGAGACACAACUGAAGUAGCACAGGAAGAAGCAGGAAUGUGUCUAGAGUUUUUAGCCACAGGAACACAGAAUUUUGCAACCAGAAAGGUACCUUAGAUAGCAAAAUGCACUUUUGCUACAGCCCUCUGCUCUGGAUGGGGUGGUGGUAAGAGGGUGACUGAACAGGAAAGCAGCCUUGAAAGAAAACGAAGUAGGAAGUAGCAAAGCAGUGGUUUUGCAAGAACAGGGAGGUGCAAUUUAUUUUAUAGGCGACUGGCUGAGGGCAAACAGUGAGAGAAUGCAGUAAGGUUUUAUUGGUCUACCCUCCUCUGCUCCACCCUCUUCUUGGACUAGCUUCUCCAUAUCUCUGAAACCUUCCUGCAGUCCUCUGCAAGAAGGAGCCUUCCUCACCCCUUCAGUCCCUACUUGAUUUCCUUUGUCUCCCAGGCUGGGGAAUCUGGGAAGGGAAAGUAAAGGGCCAAGUACCAGGUUCUGAUGGGGUAAAGUCUGGACAGGAGUCAGCUGGUUGGACUUUCUUCUGCGUCUGAGGGCAACUAGGGGAGGCAGGAUGCUGUCUACUGGUGCUUUUCAUCCGGGGAUGGAGCUGCCUUUAUGUCUCACUCCCCCAGAGUAAUACCUAAAUUUUGCUUUAGGGAAUAACAAUCUCAUUAGAAAGCUGCAUGGGCAGCACUGAGUAUUUCAAACUGGAACAGCCUGUUCCGUGUCCUCCGGUGCCUGCAGGCAGCAGUCUCUCACGUCUGCCAGCUCCAGAAGGGGGUUCUUUCUCUUUAAACAUUUGGAACUGUUUGUUUGUUUGUUUGUUUGUUUUAGUAUGCCAUAGAGAUAGUGAGAAAAGCACAUGGAUAAAGCCUCUCUCCUUGACUUAUCCUUGCAUUUUCCACUAUGCUGAAUGCCAAGAUUUCCUUUCUGGGAUCACUGAAUUGGACAGGCCUUCACUGAUGACAGUUAUAGGAAAUUAUGCAUGGCAAUGGCAUUCCCCAGGGAACUUGCUUCUACAAGUUUUGCUCAGCCCUCGGACCACUAAGGUAAUAUGUGUAAAAGAAUCUUUUCUUCCUAGUUUGUAUUAGGCAUUUCAUGGCUUUUUGGAUGUAUUUUGCCAGUGAACAAAGAAUUCCCUCAUAAGCAAACUGCAGCAUUAAAAAUUACAUGUGCUUUUUCUAAGAGACUUAAAAAGGCAGCAAAAUGUACUUGAAAGACAUGGUCAGAAUUUUUUUCUUUCCAAAUAAUCAUUUCAAGUGUCAUUUUUGAGUAGUUUCAAAUGAGAAUUAAGUAUUUUAAAGGAGCUCCUACUUGCAGAUUAAAAAAACCCAGACCAAAACAACAAACCCUGCAGUGUAUUGUGAAAGGGAAGUAUUUAUACUAUGAACAAUUUAUUUGUCACAGAUCAUACCAAUGUCUGCCAGCAGUAGGUAAAGUACUUCAGCAGCCUCGUUCCAUGAUCUGCCACUUGCUUUGCUCCCUUCACGUAGCUUUUAUUUGUCUUCCCAGUGAACAGCUUGGGAAGGAUACUCUUGGCUUCCAAAGACCUCUGUGUUCUCAGGCUUUCCCCAAACUACCCAUGCAGUACUGUUCUAAAAGAAAGACAACUAGAUCCCAUAAGUGAUGAAUAUGAGAGUAAAAAAGUUAAUAAAUAAAAUCUUUUCACCUGUAAUUCAUCCAUAUACUGGAAAAACACGUCAUAAACCAGGUAACACUGAGAGAUCUUAUACUGAUGCUGAUCGAUGUAAAUGCUAGGACACAUUAGAUGUUGUGUUCCCUUCUCAGUACAAAUGCAGCUUUCAGUGGGCAGAAGAGCUUGAUUUUGAAAGAGGACCAAACUCAGGCAAUUCAUCAGGACAGCACAGGGCCUGUUAUCACUUGAAUGUCUUGCUUCAGUCCACUCUGUUGAUUUGUGCCUUCUGGGCACCACAGGCCAACAGAGGAGCAAACACAGUUUUGGUUAUAGAGUGGUUUGCAGAUUUGUCAUAAUACCUGCAGACCUGUCAGAGGUUUGUCCAGUUAUCAUUAUUGAGUUAUCAGUGGUUCAGUAACCAGUGAUGUGUACUGGGAAAUGAGCUGCAUUUUAUGAAAUCAAUAUAUUUCAUUUGAAUUUUCAGGGAAAAAAUAUUGUAUGGUGAUUUUUGUUACUUAGAGUUAACCUGGGCAACCACUUGCCUAUAUAAUAAGGACAGCUGAAUUAGAGGCCAGCUCCUAGUUUGCGCUUCUCAGGGCUUUCAGCCUGAUGAAAUGCAAAGAAUUAAAAAAAACUUUUGUGAAGAGAUUGGUAAAUAAAGUCUUCCUGUAUUAGGAAUUCCUCCUUCUUAAACAGUUUUCCAGUAUUAUAAAACCUUAGCAGGAAAAUCCUGACUUUCCUACUUGAGCUUGUGCAUUUCCAUUUGUGCAAGUUCCAUUUGUGAUCCAUAGGGACAUCCAUUGGUAAAAUAAUGAAUCUCACCUUGGUAACAGCUUGUAUACUCCAACCAAAAGCCACUGGCAAUCUUCUCAUGCUUUUAGCCCAGGGGAUAAAAUGUAUCAACAGCCCUCAGAAUUAUAUGGAAAACUAGUUCAAACAUGAGUCAUGAUAUAACCAGUGUCUGAGCGCUACACCAACAAAAUUACAUCCAUAUAGCAUAGAGCUGGGACAAACUAGAUGCUAAUUCCGUAUAGGAGAAGUCUAACUAAGAAUUUCAACCAGGGCCCAGGAGCAUGGGAUAUAAGCAGUACCUUUCCCUGCACUAGUGUCCCAUGGGGCACUGGUUAGCACAAUUUCAAAUGGAGUAUGGAUGAUCACUGCUUAAAAUAUACUCAACGCAAAUACUACUUGGUGUAUCAAACACCCAGACACACCAGGAAAUUACUGCCCAGUUCCACACAGUGAAUGAGAUAGCUUCUGCCGUCUCAGUUGUACAUGGGCAAUGAAUGAUAAUGGUCUGAAUUAGAUAGGAGGUAACAAGAGAACAUCUCCACCCACAGUUUUGCCAACUUGGUCAUGUCAAGUCAAAAUUCAGUGUGAUAAUGUAGAUGAAGCUCCUCUAUUCCAGUUGAUAAAAGCCCAUUCAAAAGGACGUAGUUCAAGGAUGCAGGCGUAGAAACAGGAGUUAGCCGACCUCACUGUCAAAAUUGUAGUGGGAAAGACAGCUUUUGUCCCACAUUCACCUCUAAGCCAAAUCAUGCAACACUUCUGUUCACGUGCUCUUCCCUGGAUUUCACGUGGGCCUGUUCAGAUUAAACGCUUUAUUCUUUACAAAAGCAUGUAGUGAGAGGACAAGGGGGAAGGGCUAUAAAUUGGAGAGAAGAAAAUUUAGAUUAGAUAUUAGAAAGAAAUUCUUCACAAUGAAGAUGGUGAGGCACUGGCUCAGGUUGCCCAGGGAAGUUGUGUCUUCCCCACCGCUGGAGGUGUUCAAGACCAGGUUGGAUGGGGCAUUGGGCAGCCUGGUCUGGUGGGAUGUCCCAGCCCAUGGCAGGGGGGUUGGAACUGGAUGAUCUUUAAGGUCUCUUCCAGCCCAAACCAUUCUAUGAUUUUGAUUCCUGUCUUUGUUCAUCCAUACCAAGCUUAGCCCGUACACUGGUCACAGUAACACUAUCUCCCACACACACACAUAUAUAUAUAAGGCAUUUCCCGUAUCAGUGGUGGGGCCAAGUCCCCUGAAAGCAAGAACCAGGAAGGAGAGAAGGCCCCAAGUAAACCGGUUGGUGGUUACUGGUGUUAUAUAGACUCGAGAUCUCACCAGUCUGCCAUGGACAGGCCAUCUUAGACUCAGGCCACCAACUUGGAGUGUUCACCAAUUCCACCAGACACUGUGGGACUGCUCAACAAACAACAACAGCUCCCCAGUACCAUGACUCUCCACAACAGAACAGUGUUAGAUUUACUUUUGUUAGAAAAUGCUAGUGUUUAUGGCAUCCUAAACCUAUCACAAACCACAUGUUGUGUUCAUAUACCAAAUGUUUCUGUUCCCCUUAAAUAAAAGACUUUAGAAAAUGAGAAAGGUGGCGAUCACUGGCUUAGGUAGUAGCUGGCCAGAAGUAUUCAAUCCACUUGGAAUUUUAUUAACAUGAUGGAUCACUAGUUUUUUGCAAGCCCUCAUUACCGUGGAUAUUGUAAUAGUGAUUACAAAGUGAUAUAAUAAGCUGUGUUAAGAGAACCAUGUUAAAAGCUGUUUCAACUGUUAGAUAGAGGCUGUUGAAUGUUUUACGCAAUGUGCCUUGGAAACCUAUGGAUAUCCCUGAGGAAAAGGAUGUGUGGUGAUUGCAAAGACACCACCUGGGAGCUGUGCUCCCUUUUAACCUUGAAGGGAAGAGGUAACUGCACUAGCACUUCAAGGAUACCAAUCAGAUCAUGACUGUGGUCACAGGGCAGAUUGUGGCAGACACACUCAUCCUUGAGAGGGAGUUGGACUGAGGCACAGUGCAGCUGGUAGGCGACUUGAGUCACAAAUCUCACCCCAAUGCUGCCUUGGAGACCACUCCAACUGAUGAAAGUCAUUAGUGACACAAGGUCCUCCCUGUCAUAGGGAUGGCUAUCAUGGACAUUUCCUUGAGGCUGAGCGCCCUCACUUUAACAGGGGAGUGAAUACGCUAUAGGGUCCUCCCCUUUGCUCGAAACCCUGAAAGCUUGCAGU